ACAUUUGUAGAGUUAGUAGUACAAGAAACUAUUGUCAAUAAUAGUCACAGAAGUUCAACAAAAGUAUUAUAGUGUUGAUGAAGCAACACAUUCUUCUUCUUGUUUGGAUUGCGGGAGUCACAGCAGACUCUUACGAUUUCGGCGACUGUAACGCCCUACAAGAUCCUGUAGCUCAACACCCUCUCAGACAUGGGAGCGAUGUGAAAGCAGGACAUUUAUCAGUUACCAAAGAUGGAAAUGACAUAGUUGCCCAGGCAAUCUGUGACAAUGAACAGGGCUUUGUCCUCAUCGACGAGCGCUUUGCUGAAAUGAGGUGUACGUAUCACGAGAAGCGAGGAACUUGGAGGUGGAGUCACCAUCACCGAGACAGGAUGCCUAUCAUCCGAUGCGCUCGUGUUACUCCUCAACCAGUCAUGCAGCGCUUCAAACUCGGACCCAACUUUAAAGGGUGUUCCGAUGUUUCCUCUAAGGAAGAGGUCAUCUCCUCUUUCAACGAGAGACUCACCACGUCCCUGCCUUGCGUUUUAACUGAAGAAUGCAAAAUCAGCGAUCUGUCUUGUGAAGCUACUGAUGAAAACACAUUCCUGUCGGUCAGGGUUACAUCUACAUCAGCGCAGAACGUCCAGGGACAGAGGCUCAUUCUGGAGACAGCAGUCGAUUAUCUCAACUCUUAUCCACUUCAUGCGAUGCUUAGUGGUCCAUCGGAGGGACACAGUCGUAAGAAGCGUUUUGACCCGAAUGAUUUCGCAAAUGCUGAUACUGAAGACGUUGUGCAGACGGGUUGUGAAAGUGGUCAGAUCCAAAACUCUGACGAUACCUGUACCUCGUGCACAGCAGGAACCUACGCUGACACUACUACUGAUCCUGAUAACCAAGUUUGUACUUCUUGCGCCCUUGACACGUACAGUGCUAAUGAAGCAACAGAAUGUACAGCCUGUGGUGGAGGACUUGGUACCUUGGACAUUGGCUCAGAUAGCAGUGCUGAUUGUAUUGCCGUCUGUACCGUGCCCACGGUGAAAUUCGUAGCCAGUACAGAUCCUGUAUCUCGUGUAGCGGAGGGAGGCAACGUAGAAAUGACUUGUGAUACUGAUUACACCUACGGUAGCGCCGCUUCACAGACCAUAGUCUGUUCCAGUUCCACCAACAACUUCCCUGCUUCUUGUAGACAGGUGACAGUUUCCGCCCCAUCACCCUCAAUCAAAUCCGGUGACAGCGGUGUUGUCUCAUGUGUUGUGAAAGCACACGAUGUUGGAGAUGGUAUCCUAUGGUUUAAAGGUGAUUCUGGAACUGCUUUGGUGAGUGAUGACUCUGCUUAUACUAUUGCCACGACCUUGGCCACCAGCUUUGAAGCUGAUGGCGAAACAAAACAGUCAACAUCUGAUCUGAGCAUUCUCAACUUUGACUCUGCUGAUGUAGACUCAUACUCUUGCAAAGUGGACUACGCCGACCCUAUUUUGGACGACCAAUCUGCCGAACAAGCUCUAGCUAUAUUAGGUCUCGUCGUGACACCUGACUCCGCCCAAAUCCUGUUGGCGGCAGCAAGUGCUCAACUGUCCUGUGCGAUGAAUCUGGAUGAAACUUUCGUAACACGAGCAGUAACCUGGAAAUUAGACGGAGGCGCCGAUAUAACGUCCGGAAUUACGACCUCCACCUCCGACUCUGCCUACACCAGCGUUCUAUCCUUGUCCACCCUGGCACUAGCUGAUGCAGGAGCCUAUACAUGCACUGCCGAAUACUCCCACAGUGACGGUUCUAAUGCAGUAUCCCUGGUUGGAACCAUUGAUGUUACAGUCAGAGGAUUUGAAACUGACCCAGUUGAUACCAAUGUUAACCUAGGAUCUCAACUUGAAAUCAGUUGCGUGGUUGUUGGAGACGUACAAGCUACCAUCACAUGGACAAAAGAUGCAUCUCCCGUGUCUGGUGAUAUAGAUACCUACGCUGACCCGAAAACGACGAGCACCCUUACAAUCGCCACUGCAGCAGAGGCCGAUAGUGGAGUGUAUAAGUGCACAGCCGACUUUGGAGGAACUACUGUUGAGAGUGCCACUGCUACCAUUGCUGUUUAUGAUAUUGGUAUAACAAUAAACCCUACUGAUGUUGCCCAUCUUGUUGGGGAGGACGCUGAACUGUCCUGUACGGUUAAGAACCCAGAUAGUGCCACCACCAGUCUCAGCUGGUACAAGGUUGUGGAUGGAACCAGCACCGCUAUGGACGUGUCCCUCAUCAACUUUGAUAACGCUAACCCUGGAACAUCCACUUUGACACUCUCAUCUGCCACCAUGGCCAAUGCGGGUGUUUACAAAUGCGAGGCUGUGUACGCUAUCGGAGAUGCGACCCUUACUAGAGAAAGCACAACUGCAACUCUCUACAUCCGAGAGCUAUCCAAGUCGCUGGACGAGUAUACAGCUGUCACUGCUCUCGGGGGAUCCCAAACAUUCACUUGUGAGUAUCACGGAGACAGUGCUGUGGAUGGUGUCACGUGGACUUAUAACGAUGCAGCUCUGCCUGCUGGAUAUACUAUUACUGAGGGAAGUUACGUUACUGGAAGCAAGAAGUGGGAAUCUGUUUUAACAUUGAACCCGAUCAUAAAAUCCAGCGGAGGAGUGCUCAAGUGUGCUUACUCCUUCUCAGGAACUGGUGAUGACAUCACAUCCACCACUAACUUCAGGGUUCGAUCUGUCGACGCUUUGGCCGCAGAGGAAGUCUCCAGCGACGCCUCGCACACCAUAACUUGUAACUACAAGGGAACAGACGACCCAUCUGUAUCCUGGACUGUAGCUGGUGCAAUUGUUUCGGACUCUGAUGAUGGAAUAACCAUUACUCCAGGAACUUUGAAUACCGGAACAAAUGAAAGGUCUGAUGAGCUCACCAUAUCGGGACGAACCUACUCUGAUGCCAGCAAAGCAAUUGUCUGCAAGUACUCAUUCACCAACCCUACAGCGGAACUUACUGCAAAUACAGUCCUAAAGUUCAGAGGUCUGAACGCCGGACUGAAUACCAAAUACUACUCAAUCGGGGCUGCCGUCACGAUGGAGUGCUCCCUGGGUGUGGGUUCUGAUGGUGCGGUACCUACCUCUACUGCUUGGUACAAGGACUACGUUGAUACUGGCAGUACACCAAUUGCUGACACCGACCCAUACGACGUAGAAACCGAGUCUUCCAUCACUAACGGGCUCUUCAAGACAACAUUAACAAUAAAAACGGCCGGUAUCACAACAGCAAACGCCGGAAAUUAUCGGUGCAUGUUUGUUGUAUCUGCCACUGAGAAUUACCAUUCCGAAGGAGCAUUAGUUGUAAGACUUGUCACCAAGACCCCAGCAGAUGCUGAUGUCUACAGUUAUGCUAACUUGGGAUUAAAGUUGAGCUGUACUCUCGAUGCCAGCGAUGUACAGACUAGCAUUUCAUGGACAGGUCCGGAUGGCGCAAUAGACGCCUCACUGUACAGUAAUGACCCAAGCGAUGCAAAUAUUUUCAUCCUCUCCCUGGCAAAUUCAGCCACGAGUGGCGAAUACAAAUGUACCUUUGCCUUUGCCGACGGGACAUCGACAGUACCUGAAGGUGUCUUCUCCAAUGUGAACUUGAACCUGGUAGAGAUGGUAAGCCCUGCUGCUCUUUACAGCACCUACGGAUCCGGAGUUUCUGUCACACUCACCUGCCAAGUUACCUCCCCCGAUCAACUUGUCCUUGGAUUCCACGAUGGCUCCCAAGAUCUUGCUGCAACAUCCACAACAUACGUAGAUGGGAAGACAAAAGCUGAGUAUGCGAUAACAGUUGACGCAGCAAACAAAGCGGGCACUUUCACGUGCAGAAAGAGUGUAACGGAGUUCAGUCCAACAUCAACCACCCUGACUGUGUUCUCCAUAUCCACACCUCUGGUCACCCCAACUAGAGGCAACUCCGCAAGUAGCGCCAACCUGGUUUGUGUUGCAGAGUCCCAUGCAGACAUCACUGCUCCGACUUUCUCGUGGAUGGUAGGAAACUCCGCUGCCACUGAGACAGCUAAUGCAGAUGUGGUUGCUGGAGACAGCUCUUCGGUUUCUAGUACUCUCCCCAUCACCAUCUCCUCUGCCAACGACGCAAGCGUUUACAAGUGCAUUGCUACUUACACUGGCCUUGCUGCUGGAACUAACCUUGAAAGUACAACAACCAUUACAAUGAACAAGAUUGUAACCAGCUCGGCAGAGACAGUGCGAACAUUUGCUGCAACAUCUGUCAUUCUCUCCUGUGUUGCAACAGCUGAUAAUACUGUUAAUAUACUGUGGCAAAAGAGAGCCGCUGAUUGGUCCGCAGAGACCCCAAAAUUCGAUGCACUCACUGGUGUACAGGAGGCAUAUGACACUGGAAGUGGAACCAGAAAAAGCACCCUAACUUUGAGUUCACCAACGGCCACUGAUACCAGCGACCAUAUCGAGUGCUAUGAUUUAACUAUCGGGAUAUCUGGAGUCAUGGCUCUUGAGGUUAUCGAAACAACUGCCGGCAACAAGGAAGUAUUGUCUGCAUCUCAAGUAGUUAUAUCUUGCGAUGUAACCGGUUUACUCGAAAAACUGACUACUGUUACUUGGAAGAAAGGAACAGGUGAAACCAUAACAGCCUUGAUGACAGACUACGAAGUGGUGGAGGGGGAUUACAUCGGAGCAACAAAAUCUCAGACCACAACACUCACUGUCAAAAAUGGAAUUAACACCGCUGAUUCAAGUUAUAAAUGUGCCGUAACUCGUGGUGUACAGAGUUUGGAAACUCCGGUUAUAUUGAAUAUUUUCACCGUCGAUCCGGAGACUCCUAAAAAAGCCACCAUCGCUGUGGCUCAGACAUUGACUUGUGAUAUCGGAGAUGUGGCUGCAGAUGUCGCUGUGUCGUGGAAGGGUCAUGAUGGGGUUGCUAUAACAAGUGGUACUGGAGGGUACACCAUCGCACAGGGAACAGCUGACUCUGCUGGUGACGGAAUUCAGAAAUCAACUCUGACCAUUGAUGUUGCCACUCUUACAAGUGUAGCUGGAGCUGCAAAUCCCGCGACAUACAAAUGUGCUGCGGUAUCUGCAGUCUAUCCGGAUUCAGCAACAUCUACUUUCAAAGACAUUGUUGUCGACUUCCUUACUUUCGGUGUAGAAGCUAAGGGUAGCGAAGUGCUGGCAAACACACAAGCUACAAUAUCUUGUGUAGUAAGUGGUUUGAGUAAGCAGCUGGAGGCGGUAACAUGGAACAAACCUAGUUCGGGUGGUGUUAUAACUGACGGUACUGACAGCUAUGCUAUUGUCCUUGGAACUUACGAUCCUGGCACCAACAUUCAAACUACAAUUCUGACCGUACCUGCUGCUGAAAACAAGGCUGAUGCUGUUUUCACCUGUGUCAUUACAUCUGACGAGCAUGCAAAAACAUCAGAAGAGACUCCUGUCAACUCGAACGUUUUCACCGUCGAUCCGGAGACUCCUAAAAAAGCCACCAUCGCUGUGGCUCAGACAUUGACUUGUGAUAUCGGAGAUGUGGCUGCAGAUGUCGCUGUGUCGUGGAAGGGUCAUGAUGGGGUUGCUAUAACAAGUGGUACUGGAGGGUACACCAUCGCACAGGGAACAGCUGACUCUGCUGGUGACGGAAUUCAGAAAUCAACUCUGACCAUUGAUGUUGCCACUCUUACAAGUGUAGCUGGAGCUGCAAAUCCCGCGACAUACAAAUGUGCUGCGGUAUCUGCAGUCUAUCCGGAUUCAGCAACAUCUACUUUCAAAGACAUUGUUGUCGACUUCCUUACUUUCGGUGUAGAAGCUAAGGGUAGCGAAGUGCUGGCAAACACACAAGCUACAAUAUCUUGUGUAGUAAGUGGUUUGAGUAAGCAGCUGGAGGCGGUAACAUGGAACAAACCUAGUUCGGGUGGUGUUAUAACUGACGGUACUGACAGCUAUGCUAUUGUCCUUGGAACUUACGAUCCUGGCACCAACAUUCAAACUACAAUUCUGACCGUACCUGCUGCUGAAAACAAGGCUGAUGCUGUUUUCACCUGUGUCAUUACAUCUGACGAGCAUGCAAAAACAUCAGAAGAGACUCCUGUCAACUCGAACGUUUUCACCGUCGAUCCGGAGACUCCUAAAAAAGCCACCAUCGCUGUGGCUCAGACAUUGACUUGUGAUAUCGGAGAUGUGGCUGCAGAUGUCGCUGUGUCGUGGAAGGGUCAUGAUGGGGUUGCUAUAACAAGUGGUACUGGAGGGUACACCAUCGCACAGGGAACAGCUGACUCUGCUGGUGACGGAAUUCAGAAAUCAACUCUGACCAUUGAUGUUGCCACUCUUACAAGUGUAGCUGGAGCUGCAAAUCCCGCGACAUACAAAUGUGCUGCGGUAUCUGCAGUCUAUCCGGAUUCAGCAACAUCUACUUUCAAAGACAUUGUUGUCGACUUCCUUACUUUCGGUGUAGAAGCUAAGGGUAGCGAAGUGCUGGCAAACACACAAGCUACAAUAUCUUGUGUAGUAAGUGGUUUGAGUAAGCAGCUGGAGGCGGUAACAUGGAACAAACCUAGUUCGGGUGGUGUUAUAACUGACGGUACUGACAGCUAUGCUAUUGUCCUUGGAACUUACGAUCCUGGCACCAACAUUCAAACUACAAUUCUGACCGUACCUGCUGCUGAAAACAAGGCUGAUGCUGUUUUCACCUGUGUCAUUACAUCUGACGAGCAUGCAAAAACAUCAGAAGAGACUCCUGUCAACUCGAACGUUUUCACCGUCGAUCCGGAGACUCCUAAAAAAGCCACCAUCGCUGUGGCUCAGACAUUGACUUGUGAUAUCGGAGAUGUGGCUGCAGAUGUCGCUGUGUCGUGGAAGGGUCAUGAUGGGGUUGCUAUAACAAGUGGUACUGGAGGGUACACCAUCGCACAGGGAACAGCUGACUCUGCUGGUGACGGAAUUCAGAAAUCAACUCUGACCAUUGAUGUUGCCACUCUUACAAGUGUAGCUGGAGCUGCAAAUCCCGCGACAUACAAAUGUGCUGCGGUAUCUGCAGUCUAUCCGGAUUCAGCAACAUCUACUUUCAAAGACAUUGUUGUCGACUUCCUUACUUUCGGUGUAGAAGCUAAGGGUAGCGAAGUGCUGGCAAACACACAAGCUACAAUAUCUUGUGUAGUAAGUGGUUUGAGUAAGCAGCUGGAGGCGGUAACAUGGAACAAACCUAGUUCGGGUGGUGUUAUAACUGACGGUACUGACAGCUAUGCUAUUGUCCUUGGAACUUACGAUCCUGGCACCAACAUUCAAACUACAAUUCUGACCGUACCUGCUGCUGAAAACAAGGCUGAUGCUGUUUUCACCUGUGUCAUUACAUCUGACGAGCAUGCAAAAACAUCAGAAGAGACUCCUGUCAACUCGAACGUUUUCACCGUCGAUCCGGAGACUCCUAAAAAAGCCACCAUCGCUGUGGCUCAGACAUUGACUUGUGAUAUCGGAGAUGUGGCUGCAGAUGUCGCUGUGUCGUGGAAGGGUCAUGAUGGGGUUGCUAUAACAAGUGGUACUGGAGGGUACACCAUCGCACAGGGAACAGCUGACUCUGCUGGUGACGGAAUUCAGAAAUCAACUCUGACCAUUGAUGUUGCCACUCUUACAAGUGUAGCUGGAGCUGCAAAUCCCGCGACAUACAAAUGUGCUGCGGUAUCUGCAGUCUAUCCGGAUUCAGCAACAUCUACUUUCAAAGACAUUGUUGUCGACUUCCUUACUUUCGGUGUAGAAGCUAAGGGUAGCGAAGUGCUGGCAAACACACAAGCUACAAUAUCUUGUGUAGUAAGUGGUUUGAGUAAGCAGCUGGAGGCGGUAACAUGGAACAAACCUAGUUCGGGUGGUGUUAUAACUGACGGUACUGACAGCUAUGCUAUUGUCCUUGGAACUUACGAUCCUGGCACCAACAUUCAAACUACAAUUCUGACCGUACCUGCUGCUGAAAACAAGGCUGAUGCUGUUUUCACCUGUGUCAUUACAUCUGACGAGCAUGCAAAAACAUCAGAAGAGACUCCUGUCAACUCGAACGUUUUCACCGUCGAUCCGGAGACUCCUAAAAAAGCCACCAUCGCUGUGGCUCAGACAUUGACUUGUGAUAUCGGAGAUGUGGCUGCAGAUGUCGCUGUGUCGUGGAAGGGUCAUGAUGGGGUUGCUAUAACAAGUGGUACUGGAGGGUACACCAUCGCACAGGGAACAGCUGACUCUGCUGGUGACGGAAUUCAGAAAUCAACUCUGACCAUUGAUGUUGCCACUCUUACAAGUGUAGCUGGAGCUGCAAAUCCCGCGACAUACAAAUGUGCUGCGGUAUCUGCAGUCUAUCCGGAUUCAGCAACAUCUACUUUCAAAGACAUUGUUGUCGACUUCCUUACUUUCGGUGUAGAAGCUAAGGGUAGCGAAGUGCUGGCAAACACACAAGCUACAAUAUCUUGUGUAGUAAGUGGUUUGAGUAAGCAGCUGGAGGCGGUAACAUGGAACAAACCUAGUUCGGGUGGUGUUAUAACUGACGGUACUGACAGCUAUGCUAUUGUCCUUGGAACUUACGAUCCUGGCACCAACAUUCAAACUACAAUUCUGACCGUACCUGCUGCUGAAAACAAGGCUGAUGCUGUUUUCACCUGUGUCAUUACAUCUGACGAGCAUGCAAAAACAUCAGAAGAGACUCCUGUCAACUCGAACGUUUUCACCGUCGAUCCGGAGACUCCUAAAAAAGCCACCAUCGCUGUGGCUCAGACAUUGACUUGUGAUAUCGGAGAUGUGGCUGCAGAUGUCGCUGUGUCGUGGAAGGGUCAUGAUGGGGUUGCUAUAACAAGUGGUACUGGAGGGUACACCAUCGCACAGGGAACAGCUGACUCUGCUGGUGACGGAAUUCAGAAAUCAACUCUGACCAUUGAUGUUGCCACUCUUACAAGUGUAGCUGGAGCUGCAAAUCCCGCGACAUACAAAUGUGCUGCGGUAUCUGCAGUCUAUCCGGAUUCAGCAACAUCUACUUUCAAAGACAUUGUUGUCGACUUCCUUACUUUCGGUGUAGAAGCUAAGGGUAGCGAAGUGCUGGCAAACACACAAGCUACAAUAUCUUGUGUAGUAAGUGGUUUGAGUAAGCAGCUGGAGGCGGUAACAUGGAACAAACCUAGUUCGGGUGGUGUUAUAACUGACGGUACUGACAGCUAUGCUAUUGUCCUUGGAACUUACGAUCCUGGCACCAACAUUCAAACUACAAUUCUGACCGUACCUGCUGCUGAAAACAAGGCUGAUGCUGUUUUCACCUGUGUCAUUACAUCUGACGAGCAUGCAAAAACAUCAGAAGAGACUCCUGUCAACUCGAACGUUUUCACCGUCGAUCCGGAGACUCCUAAAAAAGCCACCAUCGCUGUGGCUCAGACAUUGACUUGUGAUAUCGGAGAUGUGGCUGCAGAUGUCGCUGUGUCGUGGAAGGGUCAUGAUGGGGUUGCUAUAACAAGUGGUACUGGAGGGUACACCAUCGCACAGGGAACAGCUGACUCUGCUGGUGACGGAAUUCAGAAAUCAACUCUGACCAUUGAUGUUGCCACUCUUACAAGUGUAGCUGGAGCUGCAAAUCCCGCGACAUACAAAUGUGCUGCGGUAUCUGCAGUCUAUCCGGAUUCAGCAACAUCUACUUUCAAAGACAUUGUUGUCGACUUCCUUACUUUCGGUGUAGAAGCUAAGGGUAGCGAAGUGCUGGCAAACACACAAGCUACAAUAUCUUGUGUAGUAAGUGGUUUGAGUAAGCAGCUGGAGGCGGUAACAUGGAACAAACCUAGUUCGGGUGGUGUUAUAACUGACGGUACUGACAGCUAUGCUAUUGUCCUUGGAACUUACGAUCCUGGCACCAACAUUCAAACUACAAUUCUGACCGUACCUGCUGCUGAAAACAAGGCUGAUGCUGUUUUCACCUGUGUCAUUACAUCUGACGAGCAUGCAAAAACAUCAGAAGAGACUCCUGUCAACUCGAACGUUUUCACCGUCGAUCCGGAGACUCCUAAAAAAGCCACCAUCGCUGUGGCUCAGACAUUGACUUGUGAUAUCGGAGAUGUGGCUGCAGAUGUCGCUGUGUCGUGGAAGGGUCAUGAUGGGGUUGCUAUAACAAGUGGUACUGGAGGGUACACCAUCGCACAGGGAACAGCUGACUCUGCUGGUGACGGAAUUCAGAAAUCAACUCUGACCAUUGAUGUUGCCACUCUUACAAGUGUAGCUGGAGCUGCAAAUCCCGCGACAUACAAAUGUGCUGCGGUAUCUGCAGUCUAUCCGGAUUCAGCAACAUCUACUUUCAAAGACAUUGUUGUCGACUUCCUUACUUUCGGUGUAGAAGCUAAGGGUAGCGAAGUGCUGGCAAACACACAAGCUACAAUAUCUUGUGUAGUAAGUGGUUUGAGUAAGCAGCUGGAGGCGGUAACAUGGAACAAACCUAGUUCGGGUGGUGUUAUAACUGACGGUACUGACAGCUAUGCUAUUGUCCUUGGAACUUACGAUCCUGGCACCAACAUUCAAACUACAAUUCUGACCGUACCUGCUGCUGAAAACAAGGCUGAUGCUGUUUUCACCUGUGUCAUUACAUCUGACGAGCAUGCAAAAACAUCAGAAGAGACUCCUGUCAACUCGAACGUUUUCACCGUCGAUCCGGAGACUCCUAAAAAAGCCACCAUCGCUGUGGCUCAGACAUUGACUUGUGAUAUCGGAGAUGUGGCUGCAGAUGUCGCUGUGUCGUGGAAGGGUCAUGAUGGGGUUGCUAUAACAAGUGGUACUGGAGGGUACACCAUCGCACAGGGAACAGCUGACUCUGCUGGUGACGGAAUUCAGAAAUCAACUCUGACCAUUGAUGUUGCCACUCUUACAAGUGUAGCUGGAGCUGCAAAUCCCGCGACAUACAAAUGUGCUGCGGUAUCUGCAGUCUAUCCGGAUUCAGCAACAUCUACUUUCAAAGACAUUGUUGUCGACUUCCUUACUUUCGGUGUAGAAGCUAAGGGUAGCGAAGUGCUGGCAAACACACAAGCUACAAUAUCUUGUGUAGUAAGUGGUUUGAGUAAGCAGCUGGAGGCGGUAACAUGGAACAAACCUAGUUCGGGUGGUGUUAUAACUGACGGUACUGACAGCUAUGCUAUUGUCCUUGGAACUUACGAUCCUGGCACCAACAUUCAAACUACAAUUCUGACCGUACCUGCUGCUGAAAACAAGGCUGAUGCUGUUUUCACCUGUGUCAUUACAUCUGACGAGCAUGCAAAAACAUCAGAAGAGACUCCUGUCAACUCGAACGUUUUCACCGUCGAUCCGGAGACUCCUAAAAAAGCCACCAUCGCUGUGGCUCAGACAUUGACUUGUGAUAUCGGAGAUGUGGCUGCAGAUGUCGCUGUGUCGUGGAAGGGUCAUGAUGGGGUUGCUAUAACAAGUGGUACUGGAGGGUACACCAUCGCACAGGGAACAGCUGACUCUGCUGGUGACGGAAUUCAGAAAUCAACUCUGACCAUUGAUGUUGCCACUCUUACAAGUGUAGCUGGAGCUGCAAAUCCCGCGACAUACAAAUGUGCUGCGGUAUCUGCAGUCUAUCCGGAUUCAGCAACAUCUACUUUCAAAGACAUUGUUGUCGACUUCCUUACUUUCGGUGUAGAAGCUAAGGGUAGCGAAGUGCUGGCAAACACACAAGCUACAAUAUCUUGUGUAGUAAGUGGUUUGAGUAAGCAGCUGGAGGCGGUAACAUGGAACAAACCUAGUUCGGGUGGUGUUAUAACUGACGGUACUGACAGCUAUGCUAUUGUCCUUGGAACUUACGAUCCUGGCACCAACAUUCAAACUACAAUUCUGACCGUACCUGCUGCUGAAAACAAGGCUGAUGCUGUUUUCACCUGUGUCAUUACAUCUGACGAGCAUGCAAAAACAUCAGAAGAGACUCCUGUCGACGUAAACGUGUUCAUACUUUCUGCUCUGGAUGACUUUUACUAUAGUCCUGAAAAGGUGGAGUUGACAGUGAAUGGACGUUAUGAACCACAGAUAGUAUGGAUUGUCGGAGGGCAGACAUAUAGCGCGGGUAGUAAUCCUAACCUAACCCCCAGUGUCACUACAGCGUGGUCCGGCACUGAGAAGGUGUUUAACCUCGCCUUUGUCAUGGCUGCCUUCCCAGCAACUAUGGCACCGUUUGUUGUCAGUGGAACUAUAUCUUUGGGAGACGCAUCUGCCACCACUUUCCCUGUUGGACCGUUUACAAUAUACAAGAGAGAAUUCAGUUCAAGUUUGCCUGCUUCGGCGACAGUAGUUGAUAGUGAUUUCCCAAGAGAGUUUAAUUGCGCAGCACAGGGAGAGGAUAAAUCUCUGUUCAGUAUUUCUUGGCAGAUCGGAGAAACUGCAAUAAACGACGACUUCAAACUUGCCACUGUUGAAGACACAUCAGAAAGUUCUUCUACUACAGAAAAGAAGAGCAAGUUGACAAUUCCCGCUAAUAACCAGAUCUUUAAUAACGAGCUCAAAUGCGUGGCCACCUGGACCGGGGAAGACGCCGCAGAAAUUGACACGAAAACUGACAUAAACGCUAUUGGAGCGUCAAUGGCCGCUGAUACGUUCAGUUCAGGUUCCACGGGUGACGGAGAACUGGUGUGCUUGGUUUGGGGAGACUCAUCUCCAUAUACUGUGUCCUGGAAAGAUGAAAACAAUGAAGCUAUCAAUAACGUAGCAGAUAAGAUAGUCAUCGGCUCAACAACAGAGGGCGCCGUGUACACAAACACACUUACCAUCAAAGCCAUGACAUUCGGUGACGAGGGUGCAUACACCUGUUCCGUUGUCUUUAAUGAAGGGGAUGUGCCUAAGGACCUCGUGACCCAGCUCACCAAGUUAUCUGCCUCAUUUGUGCCAUCCUCACCGUACUUUGUUCACGACAACUCCGUGGUAUUCUCUUGUGUCUACAAUGGUUUGGAAGAUCCCUCUAAAGUUGAAUGGUUUAAGGGGUCAACAGACGCAGCUGGAGAUAUCAUCGCUGAUGGAGGGAAAUACGGAAUUGUAACUGGAGCAUUUGACACUGCAUCUCGGUCCAAGACUAGUGUGAUCACUUUCAAAAACGUGGCUGUAACUGACAGUGGAGACUACACUUGUAAAUGGGACACCACCUCAUUUGAUCCCCAGUCUACAAUGACUGUCGCUAUAAGAUCGCUGACAACACCCACUGCCACCACAUACAGCACAGACGGGACAAUAACAGUAGAAUGUGACUACGAGGGCACGACAAGCGGCACAAUGGAAUGGUUCUACGGGGACCAAAAGCUCGUUGAUAAUGCUGAAGAUGACAUUACGAUUAAUGACGGCUCACUAGCGGCCAAUGCCCAGAAGUAUAUCCUGACAAUAGCCAAUGUGAACCCGGAGGAUAAUUCUGGAGAGUACAAAUGUUCACUGUCCUUCAGUGACACCGACAACCUGGAGACAUCAACCGAGGUUGUGGUGAGGAAAGCCACCGUCAUAGACACCAAAGGAGUUGAAGAAUCCACCAUCGUGGUGUCUGAUGGGGAGCUGUCCGCUAGGUGCAUGUUUGAGGGAGACAAAGUUCCAGCCAGUGUAAAAUGGUUCAAGGAAGCAGAGGAGGUUGUGUUUGAUUCCAUCACAAAACUGCAGAACACCAACACUAAGCAGCUAGACAACAGCAUCAAGUAUUUCAGUAACAUAACAUUGAAAGACUUCGAGUUUGUUGACCAGGGUAGCUACAAGUGCCUUUUCGAGUUCGACGAUGUAAACAACGUGGAGGCUUCCGUGAGUGUGGUUUCUGCUGCCGUAACAAACGAUGAAUGUGUUUUCGUGGACUUCAUGACAGAAACCAGCAAAACACUCUCCUGCAGCUACGCUGGAGUAGACACAGUAACUGCAGUGUCCUUCACCAUGCCUGACAACUCAGUGGUGGCAGGACAGCUGGGAGUUUACGCGCCAGGAGCUGACGCUAAUACACCUGGCAGCCAGAUUGGCAGCUACGCAGUUACCGGUAUUACUGAUGCUUCAAGUGGAUCCUACACGUGCACCUUCACGCUGAACGAUGGUAGCACCUUGUCAGCCAUACAGAGACUCACAGCAAGAAAGGCCGUCAUUGAAAGUUCUCAAGGACUUACUCCAAAUCUGAUCGUCAGAUCCUCAAUUACACUCACGUGUACUGUUGCGUCUGGUGCUAAGAGCAUCGAGUGGUUCAAGGAUAAUAUCGUACUUGUGGAAGACACAGACUACGAAAAGGUAAAGGUCGAGGCAAGCGGAUCCGACGAUUUAGUCUCAAAGAUUGAAUUUGACAUUGAAGAUGACGCUGCUGGAAGCUACAAGUGCCGAGGAACACAGUACGACGACUUCUGCGCCACCCAAAACCAGUUUGAGUCAGGAGACGUGGUAUUGACGAUAAUCGCCGCUGUACCAAUAGUAGAGCCGCAAGACGCUACAGCCUACGGUGGUGGUAGUCACGAGUUCUCCUGCAAAUUCCCCAAUCCUUUCAGUGGACAGACCUACGAGAUCGUCUGGUCCUACAAGGGAGUUGGUGAAUCGUCUGCUAAGCCUAUGAUUGGAAACGGUGACGUAUACAAGGAUGGCGAACGUGUUAUUGACGGAGCCAUCGCUAAGGAUGAUGCCACAGUCGGCGAGAUUUCUACUACCCUCAAUGUCGCAAAUAUAAACGUUGACGCCGCGGGAGAGUACCUCUGUACAAUAAAGUGGGGAACGAUCUUCAUCAAAUCGUCCGCAGCCACUCUGACAGUCAGGACCAUCUCGGAACCACCUCAAGUAACAAAUGUUGCCGAGGGUGGUGAGGCUCAGCUCACCUGUAAGACCACUGGAGACUCUGCUGGAACAAUCACAUUCCACAAAGCAACAGACGAUACGGUGGUAGGAUCUGUUGUUCCAACACAGGCAGAUAACGCCGGAGUUAUCACAACAACUGGAGUUCUGACCAUCAGCAAUGCUCAGGCAGCUGAGAGUAUUGAGUACUACUGCAAGGCAUCUUGGGACGCCAAUGAGGUGAAAUCUGCCAACGUCUACCUAUCUGUCCUUGGGAUCACAGAGAUCUCUUCAGCUGCGUGGGGAGUGGUUACAAAGUCUACACAAUUCGUUUGUAAAUCAGAUGCGCUGCUCAAGAAGAAUGCUGCUGGAGAUGCAUACUUAGAGAGUGUAGAUAUGACAAAGGUGCAAGCUACUGCUGCAAUAACCUGGGAGUACUACGACACUUCUAGUUCAACAUGGAAAGCCUCUACAGAGGACAACCGGUUCAAAGUUGAGGGCUCAUUGGUAGCAAACAAUGGAAUAAGGGUUUCACCCCUCUUCCUCCGCGGGUUGAAGUCCGACGAAGACGGCCUCAAAGUAAGAUGCAACAUCGCUUACCAAACUGAUGCUGCAAACAACUUCUUCGGAGCAACUGUUACGUCUGGUGACAUGAUGCUCAAGAUCUCCAGCAUCACCUCAUUUGUCUCUUCUAAACUCGACCCUGUCAAGGGAGAUACCAUCAUUCUGACCUGUAUCGCUACCGGAGAAAAAGCACCUUCCUUCAAAUUCACCACCUCUGGAAAGAAAACAUUCGACACCACUUUCUACGAGCUGGUUACAGGUGUACAAGUGUCAUCCGAUGCGACAACCCACACAGCCACAUAUACUACUAAAGCUAUCGCCCCUAAUGUUAUUAGGAAUGGCCAGAAAAUAGCCUGUGAGGUCGAUUACGGAAGAGCAAUGGGCAAAGCAACUGAAGAAAUAACCGUCACUACAUACUACGAUUGUAAUAAUGCGCCUUUCAAGUCUUUGAAUCCAGCUGACAACGGAGCAAGUGUAGCAGCUACAGAUAACGGAGAUGGUUCCGUGACUCAGACUAUUACCUGUGCUGCAGACACGACUACAGCACGAUUUGAACUUAUGACCACUACCAACUCGGCCGCAAGUAUAACUUGUUUGAAGACGACUGGCAAGUACGAACCACAGUUCUUAGGACGGUGCAAGGAGACAAACCCAUUCACAGGAGGACAAGGAUCACAGAUUAUGAACUUGGCAUCCAGUGGAACCAAGGCGUGCAGUUCUACACAUGCAAGUGCUGUGGGACAAUUCUCCCCCGCCAACAUGAAGCUUAAGUUGAACUCCAUGACUGACACCGCUUGUGGAUUUAAACACAGGGUUCCCUGUCUUCUAAGUGGCGCUUGCACAUUGGAUACAGAGAAGUCUGGAUGUACCUUUGACGACGCUACAGGAAAACUCUCAAUGAACUACUUCGUAAACUUCGUCACUCCAGUCUGGAAAUUCACCGAGAGAGAUGCUCUCGCCAACAAGGAUGAUCAAACAAUUAAGUUCUGGUCAUGUUCGGAGACUUAUGAUGAUAAGAGGAGACGACGUGAUGCUGAAAAUGAUUUCGAGGAUUUCGAAAGUAUAGAGAAACGCGCAGUUAACGGAUCAGAUGCUGAAGACUCAAGUACCAGUGAUUCGACUCACUUUGUGGCCGCCACUACCGUCGGUGUGUGCACAGUGGUGUUGAUGACAGCCUUCCUUACUGUUCUUGUUCUUAGGAUGAAGCAAAAACGAUCUGAAGAUCUUGAGGCGUUGUAAGCGACUUUGCCAGACUGGCAGACAAUUUACAAAGUGUUAAGAAUUAUAAGGGAUAGGACUGAAUAGUGAUUAACUGAAAAUAUUGACUUAAUUUAAAACCGUAGAAGUAGUACUGUACCGUAAGGAACACAUAAAACAAUUGUACAAAGACUAUAGUAUAUCGUUUGUUUUGAAUUUAAUAUUUUUAAGAGUUGACCCCAUCUAAAUUAUGCUUGUAUGUGUUUUAUAAAUUGCGGUUACAGUAAGAAGAUAAUUUAUGAUUGUCAGAUAUUAUAAACAGCAAAUGAGCAUUUGAUAAUGAUAUGCAAUUUUUACGUGGUGUGACAUUGUCUUUUACUAAAAGCUACUGGAAUUUUUAUUAACAAUUAUGUAAUGUUAUACAUUAUGUUUCACACCAA